AUGACAACACCAUUAGAGCAAGUCCAAUCGAUCGAUCAAGCUAUCGAUAAAGAAGAGAGUAAACAUGUCGAAAUCGAAAAUGGUGAAAAACCAUUACCUGCUUCGUUGGUUGGCAUGAGUGAAGAUGAGAUUUUGAAAAUGGAGAAGAAGAUGGUAAGGAAGAUGGACGCUGUUAUUUUGCCUAUCAUUAUGGUCCUCUACGUUUUGAACUACAUCGAUAGACAGAACUUGGCCUCAGCGAAAUUACAAGGUAUAAUGGAUGAUCUCCAUAUGACCACUCAACAGUUCGCUACUGCCAUUGCUAUUUUAUAUGCCGGAUACAUUCCUUUUCAAAUCCCUUCCAACUACUUGAUCUCUCUCUUCAGUAGACCAGGUCUUUACAUCUGUGUCGCCGUUGUCAUCUGGGGUACCAUCUCCGCUUGUACCGCCGCUGUUCACUCGUACUCUGCCCUUUUGGGUAUCCGAGUACUCCUCGGAGCGUCGGAGGCGGUGUUCUUCCCUGGUUGCUUAUACUUCCUCUCGGCUUGGUAUACCAAGAAAGAGUUGGGUAAGCGAUAUGCCGGAUUGUUCAUCGGUCAACAACUUGGUAAUGGGUUCGGUGGAUUGAUCGCCGCUGGUGUAUUGAAGCUUGAUGGUGCCCACGGGAUAAGAGGAUGGAGAUGGUUGUUCAUCAUUGAAGGUGUCGCCACAGUGGGCUUGGGUUUGAUCUUUGCUACUUUCAUGCCCGAAUACCCACACAAUGCCAAGAUCCUUACACCCGAAGAGAGAGAAUACGCCGUAUGGAGAAUCGAGCAAGAAGCAGGAGUGGCCGAAGCGCACGACAGUGGAUCGAAUAUCAAAGCUUACGUUUCUGCCUUGGCUGAUCCAAAGGUCUACACAUUGAUCUUCUGCAUGAUCAUGUCACAAGCUAUGGGAUCUGUCGGAAACUUCUUCCCUACCAUUAUCAAAUCAUUGGGAUACGAUAAUAUCAUUACCCUCGUGUUGACUGCUCCACCAUACAUCUUAGUUUGUUUCUUCUUCUACGGAUUGUCUUGGUACUCCGAUAAAAACGGCAAAAUCUACCUCCCCAUCGUCAUCUGUCUCUCCAUCGGUAUCCUCACCUACGUUAUCGCUGUCGCAACUCUCAACAUUGGAGCUAGGUACUUCGCAAUCAUGUUGACGCCAAUUUGCAAUGUUGUUCCACAACUAUUCAUCUACAAUACCCUCUCCCUGCACGUUGCUCGACCAUACCCCAAGAGAGCCGCUGGAUUAGCUUUGAUCAACGCGAUUGGAGGAACUUCAAACGUAUGGUCCGCCUACGUGUGGUAUGCUCCUCCUCACUUCUACGCAGGGUUCGGUAUGGUCCUGGCGUGUAACGUUCUUUUCUUGUUUAUCAUCACUGGAUAUAGAUUUUACGUUAGAAGGGAGAACGCAAAGUUGGAUGCUGGUGGUGAGAAAGCUAGACACGCUAUGAGACAUGGUAUCACCCAAGAACAAGUUGACCUAGGAUGGAGAUAUGUUGGUUAUUAG